UGGGCGGGAACAGCCGCCCGCCGCCAGUCCGCGACCGUCCGCCGCGCCAGCACCGCGCGUGCCUGCCCGCCGGUUGGAGGGAAAACUUUCGACACACAUCGACUACGAGUAUGUUUUCAAAUUCGACAUGGAACUGUGCAGUGACGGACUGAUGGAUUAUGAUAGAAUGUCGUAAAUUGUGACAGAUUGUGUUGCGCAAGGAUGAAAGGAUUCGCAAUUCCAUGGAUUCUGGUGACUCUGGCAACGGUUCAAGCGACGAGCGACAAGCGUCCACAUUUCGUGGUCGAGCCGCCGUCGCGCAUCCUAUGGCCGGCCACUCGUGGCGCGCACGCCGCUUGCCGCGCCGCCGGACACCCUACGCCGGACGUCCAUUGGGUCACCGCUGAGGGACAACUGUUGACCACGUUACCGGGAUUAAGACACGUGCUGAGCGACGGUCGUUUGGUGCUCGGUGCACGGCGGUCGCUUGACGCCGGCAGCGGCGGCGCCAGCGCCAUGCUGCGGUGUCGAGCCGCUAACCGCGCCGGCGCGACGCUGUCCCGCACCGUGCUACUGCAACCAGUGGAGGACAAUGUGCUGGCCCACACCGCUCGGCAGCUGACUCCAGCCAAGGUUGGCGGCUCCGUGGUGCUGCGCUGCGAAGUGUCUCCUCAGCUUGGCCUCGUCGAGAUCUCCUGGCUCCAGGAUGGCUUGCCUCUCACCCCUGGGUACCUUGGACCUGACUCCCGUUGGAUAUCCGGGGCUGGGGUGCUACUUGGUCUCGAUUUAACGCAAGCAGAUUUACAAGCUGAAUAUUCUUGCGUCGCCCUGGACACUGCGAGCCCUUCGCUCAAAUUGACCACGGAUGAUAGCAGUUGGCUGGAGCACAUCGAACUGACCUCUAUAGAGACACGAGCCGGCGAGACAGCUAUCUUGCCUUGCAUUAUCAGGCACAUGAGUGGGCACACCAUUAGUUGGCAGCGGCAGGACGCGGGGGGCUCGUGGUCGGCGGUGGCAGGGGAGGGGAUGGUGCGGGGCGGCUCGUUGGUGCUGCCGAACGCGCGCGCUCAUCACGCCUCGCGGUACGCCUGCUUCCCUGGGACGGAUUUGGCUCCUAGGAUUCUGAUCCGGCUCGUCGUUUAUGAUCCCCUGAUUGUGACUGUAUCUCCUAACCCUUUGAUGUUAGGGACAGGCGGUAGCGGACACUUAAACUGUUCUGUAACUGGUGGACGGGGUGGUGGAGUUACUCUAAGUUGGCAACACGAAGCGAGACCUCUCCAUGCCCCUCAAUCUCGACUAACCCUUGGCCCAGUUCACUCUCAUCACGCAGGAUUAUACCAAUGUACUGCUCACGAUCAUUCCGAUUCUGCCGUGGCAGGAGCUGAACUAAUAAUUGCUGAUAGACCGCCAAGGUUGGUGUCUACAUUCAGCGAAGCGGUUACUAGAAUUGGUCAAAGCGUAGCAUUAAGAUGCGCGGCUACUGGUAUUCCUCCACCUCGAAUACUAUGGACAUUAGAUGAUAGACCCCUUCCAUCGGCCCCAGACAAAUAUAGUGUAAAUACAAGAGCCGAAAGUGUUUCUGGUGGUGAAGAAGGGAAUAUUGUAUCAACUCUGAGUGUGACCAUACGAACUGCCGAUGAAGGUGGCAGAUAUGGGUGUAACGCAACCAACUCCCGUGGUUCACAAGCUCAUCACGCAAGACUGAAUGUAUUUGGUCCUCCAAAUAUUAGAUAUUUAUCGUCCAUACAUGUUAAAGCUGAUACGGAUGUGGUUUUACAUUGUCCGUAUUCUGGUUAUCCAAUAAAAGAAGUGGUUUGGCGACGUGAAGAUGGUUCCAUAGUUGAAGUUGCUAUGGAUUCAAACGAUGAGAAAGGAAUGCUAAAACUGUCUUCUGUUCGAAGUAGCACGGCAGGAAGCUAUACUUGCGAAGUGCGUGCUGAAAGUGGGGAACUAGCCAGAAGAACUGUAAGGGUUGAGGUUCAUAAACCGCCUAAAAUUGCACCUUUUCAAUUUCCUGAAGAGCUAGAAGUUGGUGGUAGUACGCAAGCAACAUGUAGUUUAAUUUCUGGAGACAAACCUAUUCAAUUUACAUGGCACAAAGACAACUUACCCAUUCCUUCACUAUUAAAGGUGGAACAAAAGAACAUGGAUUUUUUUUCUAUAUUAAUUAUUCAGGAACUCACAUCGGCCCAUAGUGGAGAUUACACGUGUAAGGCUUCAAAUGAGUUUGGAGCUGUUAGUCACACUUCGUCCCUUAAUGUAAAAGAGUCGCCAAUGUGGGUGUGGCGAGCACAGAACACCUCAGUGUCAGCUGGAGCUUCUCUCUUAUUGCCUUGUUCUGCAAAAGGACAACCGGCGCCCAGAGUCUCGUGGGAAUACUCUUUGGAUGGUGAAAACUGGCGUCAUGUACUGUUCGGUCAGUCGGAGACUAACGACGCUGACGGAGGAUCCAUCCUGUCCGACGGGACCGUGUGGCUUAAGGCUGCCACUCCAGAUCACGAGGGCUGGUACCGGUGCGUGGCGCGCGCGCUGCACGCUUCUAUACACCACACUUUCUACUUGGACGUCAGAGAACCGCCAAAACUUAACAGAGGCGGCAGCGGCGGAGCAACUCGAUGGGUGGUCAGAGGUUCAACAGCGAGACUGCUGUGUGUUGUUAGCGGAGAACCCGAGAUACACGUGCAUUGGACGCAUGACUCCAGGCCUUUGGCAUUACACGGCGCCGGUGGCAUCGAAACCAGAGACACUGGUAAUGGAGGGAAGAUAUCAGAGAUAACAAUAACCCACGCCGGCCCCGAGCACGCAGGAGAAUAUCGCUGUCUUGCUAGGAACCUCUACGGCAAUGAUGAGUUGGUGUAUCGAUUGUAUGUUAAAGAACGUCCGAAUAUACCUGAAGAGGUUCGGAUAUCAGAAGUGUGGUCCCGAAGAGCGCGAGUGACCUGGAGGAUAGCCCGCGGAGCCCUUGUGUCACACUACUCGCUGCAGUACAGGGCGCUAAACCGAGACUUGACUGUGUCAUUGGAUACGCCCCUGACCGGGUUACUUGAAAACUGGGACUCGCCCGAAGUACUUAACCUGACUUUGGCAAAUUCAGACUUACUUCACGUCUCGUCGGAAGGGCCGGGGCGUGCCGGCGCGUCCGUUUCGGGGCUCUCGCCGGACACCCGAUACGCGCUCCGACUCGCCGCCUUCAACGACGUCGGCGCGUCCGCGUACACCUCCCCGCUGCACUUUACUACGAGAGAGGAAGCUCCCGGCGGCGCGCCACGAGAGAUCACCGUGCGGGCACUCCGGGCGAGGGAACUCCACAUCACUUGGCAGCCGCCACCUAGAGAAUCGUGGCAUGGCACGCUACUGGGCUACACGAUCCGCUGGUGGGUUUCCGAAGAAGGCAAAGGAACGUUGAAUGACAGCCCGGGUUCCGAAAGCGGCGCGAGCGCGGACGCAACUAGUACGACUCUGCGAGGACUGAAGGCCGCUACUCGUUAUGGGGUCACAGUGAGGGCCUAUAAUGCGGCAGGCACUGGGCCUGUAUCGCCACCGCACUAUCGACAUACGUUAGAAUCGCCUCCGACGGGAGGUCCUGAAGGGCUGAGCUGUAAAUCAAGUGGACCGACAUCGUUACGGGCAGCGUGGCGGCCGCCUGCAGUAGAUUCCAGAGGUGGCAUUAUUACCCACUACACACUGCAAUUCACAAGAUAUGAUUCUGAUCCUUUGCUGCCGACUCAAGACGCGUAUUUACGAGUUCAGGGUGAAGAAGCUACAAUAUCCCGAUUGACACCAUACGCCGAGUACGAGAUAAGGGUGCGUGCACACAACGCGGCGGGCGACGGACCCCUGUCAGCGCCGCAAGUGUGCAGGACAGACGAAGAUGUACCAAGUGCUCCUGGUGGCAUGAAGCUGAUAGCAUUGGCCGAGCGGUCACUAAGGGCAUCCUGGCUUCCACCCCCAGAGCCCAACGGAAGACUGACACAGUACAUACUGUACGUGAAGGAUUUGUCAGGAUCACAAGAGCCAAACGCCACGAGAGUGAACGCCUGCACCGAGGGCGAGGGUGUAUACACAGAAUGCAUGAGAACCCUCCGAGGUCUCCGCGCCGGUCGAACCUAUGAAGCAUGGGUCCGCGCUGCCACCAGCGCAGGCGAAGGACCGCCUUCCACCACCGUCGCCUGUCAGACCAGUGCCUUAGCUCCUGCCCGGAUUUCUUCCUUCGGCGAUGUAGCGGUUGGAGCUGCCGGCGGAUCCUUAUCACUAAAAUGCGUCGUUGGAGGAACCCCACCACCAAUUAAACGAUGGCUAAGAGGCGGCAGUCCUUUGCACCCACGAUCGCCGUUCCAUCUGGAUGGAGAUGCUCUUCUUAUUAGAGGCUUGGAACUAUCUCACGCCGAUAACUACACGUGCGUUGCCGAAAACCCUCACGGUUCUGACUCAGCUACGUGGAGAGUUGUAGUCCUACGGCCGCCGGCACCUCCAGCUCUAGCAUUGCUUGAAGCUCGAUCAAGGGAACUUGAGCUUGAUAUGCGACCAGCUCCAAGAGCUCCUGGGCAUGCCCUGCCUAAAUCUUAUUCUUUACACUGGCGGCUUGCUGCUCCUGAGGGAGAAUGGAGGAUAUUAGCUGCCAGCCCUGGUCCGGUGACGUUACCAAACCUUCGCUGUGGCUCAGCUUACAGGGCUUAUGGGUCCGCAGGCGGACCACCCGGUACAGAGAUAGCGGUUCGUACCACCGGAGGGCCACCGGUUGCACCUCCUGACUCGAGGUGGAUUAGAGUGAACUCCACACACGCACGAUUCGACACAAGCAGUUGGACGGACGGGGGAUGCGGGCCCGUGGCGUUGAAGUUGGAGUGGGCUGGAUCAGGCGUUGCUGGUGCGAGGGAUGUGCCUGUUGGAGGCGAAGUUAUUCUGGGCGGUUUGACGCCUGGAUCGAGGUACCGCGUGGCAGCUCGCGCGUCAAACGAAGCGGGCUGGACGCGGGAAGUAUACGAGUUCACCACGACUCCGGCCGAGGGCGGCUACGCGGAGGAGGUGGACGCGCCCUUCCCGGCCACGGCGGGAGAACUCGCUUUAUUAUUAGCUCUCUGUGCGGCCCUGUCGCUGGCUGCAUUGACCAUUUUAGCUAUUCUUUUGAGACGGAAAAGAAGUGACGGCGGCGUACCGCGAGUGACUGCGAGCGCCGAAAAGCCGACUUGCGGCACGUACCGAGCGCCCCCGCACCAAACGCCGAAAUUACCGCCUGACCCACCAGAUGUGUACGAGAUAAGUCCGUACGCAACGUUCGCGGGCCCCGCGGCGAGCGACUCGCGCGCAUACACGCUGCAGCUGCGAGCGCUGGCCCGCCACGAUGACGACGCCGCGCCGCCCGCGCGCCCUCCGUGCUGCGACGAAGAGACAUGCGUAGACGCGUGCGACGUGCAGCGACGGCGCCGACGCCGCCGCCAUUACUGCCCCGAUCAUGGUAAUUAUAAUGGUUGUUCACAAGAUUCUGGAAGUUGAGAAACGAAGCCAACAACUGCCAAAAGGUUUAGUUAAAUUAUAUCUAGUCAGUGUAAUUAGUUAAUUUGAUUAACAUAUUGAUAUGUAUACAAAAAUUUAUACAAUAAUAUUGUCUAUUUAUA